UAAACUCACAAAAAAACUUCAUAUUUACUCUUCCAACUUAUAUCUCAUUCAUACACCUAAAUAUUAUUUCGGGUUUAUCAUUCAUACACCAAACAUGAGUUCCAACUUGUUUAAUGUUGUGUAUGCUGAUACAUCAUCAGAGCCAUCCCACGUUCAGACUUUUCAUUCAACUGCUAAAUGGAAUGAUCAUUUUGAUGCUAUUAAACAAACUGAUAAACUGAUGGUUAUUGAUUUCACAGCUAAAUGGUGUGGACCUUGCAAACUUAUGGAUCCAACUAUGCAAGAUUUUGCUGCAAAAUACACUGAUGUUGAGUUUAUUAAGCUUGACGUGGAUGAGUUAAUGGGGGUGUCUCAAACAUAUCAGGUGUAUUCAUUGCCAACUUUCUUACUUGUAAAGAAAGGAAAAGUUAUUGAUAAAGUGGUAGGAGUGAGAAAGGAGGAGCUACAGAGGAUUAUUGAAAAUCAUAUAAACUAAUUGAGUGUCAUCAUUUUCCUUGGAUUACAAGGGAAUGACCUACAAACUCAGAUUGCAAUAAGUUGGUGUCAUCAUUUCACCCAAAGAAUUGAAAUAUAGAUUUCAUUCUUUUAUCAUUUAUAGAUUAUUCAAUGUAAUAUAUCAUUUAUGUUACGUUUGCGUUACACAGAAGAGUAUUCAUAAGCUACUA